AUGGCCAACCAGAAUAUUCAAGACAUUGACAUUCUUAUUCAUUGUGGUAUUGUCAAAUAUGAACAAAAUGUCAUUCAAACAGGUGUCCCAGGAUUUGUUCGAAUCAAAUUUGAUGAUGGAAUUGAAUCUACGGGAAGUAUUCAAUUUAUAUCUCAAGAUGAUGCGAACGGUAUUCGGUGUCUCAAUGGAUUUCAACUGAAAAAAGAACAUUGUACAAGUGAAACACAAAUUGGUGCUCCUCUAUGCGCUGUGACUCGAAAGGGUGAAACAUCACCCGAUGCAUCUUGCGCUGCUGCAACACAAACUCUAGAAUAUAAAACAAUUGAUAUCAGCAAGCAAUUUCACGAUGCACUCAUCAAUGUUGAACAACAACGUAAUCAACUGAAUUUUGAUACGAUUCGAAUGAACUAUAAACUAUUUAGUCAAGGUGUAUGUCAAUCGAUAUCUCAAUAUGCUUUACCAUUAUAUCGAACACCAUACAAUCAAUCGAUGUUUGAAGAAAAACAUAUCAAUGAACAAACAUUUCGUGAUCUUUUCACUUUAGUAGGUCCUGCCUAUGGAUAUAGUUUACCACAAGUAAAUCUGGUUCGUAUUCAAACUAUUCUCGAUUUCUAUGAUAAAUAUGCACAUAUGGGUAAUCCGGAUAAUAUCACAGAUGUAGCAAAUUAUUUUAAAUCAUGUGCACCAAUCGAUGCUGAUUUUGUUCCAUCACUUCAAUUGAAAUGUUGGCCAAACGAUAUUCAACCAUUUUUCGAACGAAUAAAACAAAAUCGUCCGAAUAUUUAUCAUUUAAUUAUAAAUAAAACAUCGAUGCAUGUCAUACCAAAAUGGUCAACAAAAACACCGGCAUGUGAUAGAGAACUAGAAUUUCGUUAUUCAUUUUCUGCUAUUGAAUUAAUACUUGCUCAACAACGUUCGAUAAAAGAACGAAUUCUAAAUGGAAUUGCACGAAGUAUCUAUUUCAAAUUUUUAAAAGAACAAAAAGUUCUACCAUCAUAUUUUAUCAAAACAACAGUACUAUGGAUGUGUGAAACAAUGGAUCUUUCUUCAGAUACUGAAGAAAUAUUAGCACAAAAAUGGCGUCAAUAUGCUAUCGAUCUAUUGGAGAAACAAGAUUGUCCACACUAUAUUAUUCCCAAUGUGAACAUACUCGGACCGUAUUCUGCUGAUUCAAUACGAACUGCUCGAGAAAUUUUAUUAAAAGUAAAUAUAAACGAGAUUCACAAGAUAGAAAUGUUUUCUGCUACUGGCCAACAAUUCUAUCGAAAUAAAUAUCAUGAGAAUAUUGCUAAUUUUCUCAGUCAAUUAAAAACGAAUGAUAUUAUUUGUGCUCUUUAUGAUUAUCAACAACUUAAACGACAAUGGAUUAGUUUAGAAUCAUCACAAAUAACCAUUGACGAUGAUGAAAUUGAUAUGAGUGAAACAUUGACUAUUCUCAACACAUUACGUGGAUUGGAUGGAAAUUAUGAAAAUUGGAAAAAAUUUCGGGAAAUAUUUUUAACAGAUAUCCUAUCUGCAGAACCAAUUUGGGGUGAAACUGUAAAUGUAGAAAGUGUUGUUGAUUUUGUAGAAGGUUUAUUCAGUAUUGGUAUUGUUCUUACAACUAUGAAUGAAAAUAUUUCAUCUAACACUUUACUAUCGCAACAAGGUGCACAGUGUAAUAUGGAAGAUUUCCAAAAUUAUCAAAAUGUUAUUCAUCAAUAUUUAAAUCCGACGACAUUAUACAGUAGUCUGCAAUCGACAUAUGCAUAUUGGUAUAAUGAUUCUGUUGCAGCCUUUGAACGACGACGAGUGAUUGAUCAUCAUCCGGAUGGACCCGAAAUGCAACAACGUGCGAACGAAAAAGAAAAAGACUCGUUGAAAUUUCUCAUUGACAUUUGUCGAAAUACUCCUGAUCAAAAUUUAACUUUGAGAGAACUCUUUCAACAGCCAAAUAUGAUGAAUAUGACGGAUGAUGAAUCACUUGCCAUUGCUAUUCAAAGAUCCUUAGACGAUUAG